AUGGUUGAUUAUAGAGGGAAAUUGGUGCUAGCACCUAUGGUCAGAGCUGGUGAAUUACCAACAAGAUUAUUAGCUUUAAAAUAUGGUGCUGAUUUAGUAUGGGGUCCAGAAAUUAUUGAUAAAAAAAUCUUGACUUGUGAUCGUAUUAUAAAUGAAAAAUUAGGUACUAUAGAUUAUUUAUCAAAAGGUCAAACUAAAAUUCCAGGUGUUACAAAUUUAGUAUUUAGAACUUUCCCACCAAAGGAAAAUUCAAAAUUAAUUUUUCAAAUGGGUACUUCAAAUCCUGAUUUAGCUGUUCAAGCUGCUGAAAAAAUUAUUAAUGAUGUUAAUGGUAUUGAUAUUAAUGCUGGUUGUCCAAAACAUUUCUCAAUUCAUGCAGGUAUGGGUGCUGCUUUAUUGAAAACUCCUGAUUUAUUAGUUUCAAUUUUGAAAAAUCUUGUUGAAAAAAUUGGUAAACCAAAUUCUAAACCAAUUAGUGUUAAAAUUAGAUUAUUCCCACAAGAAGAAGAUUCAUUAACAUUAAUUUCUAAAUUAUUGAAAACUGGUAUUUCAAAUUUAACUGUUCAUUGUCGUACUCAACCUAUGAGAAAUAGAGAACCACCAAUUAGAUCAUAUAUUGAUAAGAUUAAAAAACUUUGUGAUGAUCAUAACGUUACAUUAAUAAUUAAUGGUGCCUUAAACAAUCGUAAAGAAUUUUAUGAAUUACAAAAAACAUCAUGGGGUGAAGAUGUAGGUGGGAUGAUUGCAACAGAAGCUGAAAUAAAUCCAAGUUGUUUUAGUGAAACACCAUUAAAUUGGCCUGAAUUAAUUAAAGAAUAUACAAAAUUAGCUGAAAGUUUUGAUAAUUAUAUUGGGAAUACCAAGUAUAUGUUGACAAGAAUGACACCUGGAAGAUCUUUAAUGUAUCAAUUAGUUGCAAGAGCUAAAAGUUAUGAAGAAUUUUAUAAAGUUUUUGAAAAAUUAAAUGAUGAUGGUACUUUAAAAAAUGUUGAUGAUAUUCAAAUUGGGAAAAAGAAUAAACAACAACAAAAACCACAAAAUAAACAAAAGAAAGAAGUGAAAGAAACAAAGAAGGAUACAAAACCAGAAACACAAAGUGACUCUAAAGUAGAGGAGAAGAAAGAGGAAAAGAAAGAACAAAAGGAUGAUAUUCAAGAAUCCAAAAAACAUAAACUUGAUGAAAUAGAAUCUUCAUUAGAUAAAAAACAACAAACUGAACAAAUCUCCAUAUAA